GGCACUGGGACUCGCCCUCGGAGGGAAGCCGUCCGCACGGCCUGGCUGCACAUCCCUGGACCUUCUUCGCGGGCGCCUCGCGGAGCCGUAGAUUGCCUCGGAUGCUGGCCUGCGACUGACAGUCCCAUCACCUCUUCUCAGCUCUCCUGAGGCCGCAGCUGUCAGCUCCCCUGGCCCUCAGCACUUGCCUGGAACACUGGGGUUGGCCACACCCCUCUUCAGCCCAUCUCUGUCCUGUUGUAUCUUAUGUGUUGUUUCUGCCCACCCGCCCUUUGCGCCGUCUCUUCCUCCUUUCUCCCCUUCCUUCUUGUAGUUGGCGCAGCAGCUCCCUCUGCUCCCAGCAUGCCUCGUGGCCAGCACCGUCGGCAGGGUCCUCGCAAUCCUAUCCAGGCAGCAGCCAAUUACGUCAAUGUGCAUCCUUGGCAGCAGGUGGACCAGGCCUCUCCUGGGGUCACUUACACCCCCCUAGUGGAUCCCUGGAUUGAGCGGCCCUGUUGUGGGGACCCCAUGUGUGUGCGCAUGACUAUGGAGCAGGAGAGCACAGUGAGUGGUGCUCUCGGCGGUAAGCCCACAGAAAGGGGUUCAGCUGUGCGCAUGCCUGGCUCAUGGCCCCUCAGGGUGGACUUCCACUGGGUGCCAGGCUCGGACCCGGGCACCUUAGAUGGCUCCCCAUGGUUGCUGGACCACUUUUUGGCCCAGCUGGGAGAUUAUAUGUCCUUCCGCUUCGAGCACUACCAGGACAACCUCAGCCCUGUCUGCGAGAUCCUUGGGCGCCUGACGGGCCGAGCCCGGGCAUGGGCAGCCCCCUACCUCGACGGGGACCUGCCCCUGCCUGACGAUUAUGAGCUCUUUUGCCAGGAUCUCGAGGAAGUUUUUCAAGACCCGAACAACUUCGCUGAGUACCAUGCUGCAGUUCCCUGCCCCCUGCCCCUAGCCUCAAGCCAGUCACCAGUGGCCCUGCAGCUGCCUGUGGUGAGGAAGUGCUUAGCCAGGUUCUCAGAGGCCCUGGCACUCAACAUGGGCACUCCCCCCAGGCCUGUCCCAGCCACUCUGGCCACCCCGGCUAUUUCUAAUUCCAACUCUCCAUCCAGGAUUGCUUUGCCUGAGCAACAGCUGGCCAAGGAGAGAAGCCCUGGGUCCACAGAGUCCCCUGCCUUGUCCGGUUCUGUGUGCAGCAUGGAUCCUGGUCCUGUGGGGCCAGCCUCCUCCCAGCCGGAGGAGAUGGCCCCCAAACCUGUCCCUGUACUUUUAGAAUCUGCUAGUCCCCCUGCCCAGAAAUCAGAUCCAGCUCACCCAGGGGAUCCGAAGACAGAGGAGGAGGUUUCUGAGGCAGAGGGAGACCAGGAGGCAACUUUUGGUACCCUACGGGGAGCAGUGGAGACCCUAGGAGAACCACCAUUUUCUCCUGCUCUCCAUCCUGCAGCCCUGGAUUCUGAACACGGCCCAGGCAGGUGCAGCAGAGCCCCUUGUGAUGAAAUGGCUUGUGUAGCCAAGGAGCCCCACAGCCCCCCCUGGCAGGACAGAGUGGCGUUACCGGAUGACUCUAGACAUAGCACAUGA